UAAUUUUAUUGAUGCCAUUCCAUCAUAAAUAGCCAAUUCUUUUCCCUUGUCGUUAGUUUGGUUUCUUUCUUUCAAUUGAUACAUCCAAUUCGACUUACCUUUAGUCCUUUUCACUGCUUUUUUUUUCAUAUUCAUUGCCUGGCGCAUUAUAUAAACAAGUUACAAUGUUCAAGUCCUUAUUGAGAACCACCCCCGCAUUAAGAAGAGUAGCCUUCAACGCCGCUCCAAGAGUCACCAGAACUGCUCUCUUCUCCACAACUAGAGUCACCAUGAACACAAUCAGUUACAAGUUGAACAAGGGUUCUCACGUAUACAAAUACUUGAGUGGUGAUGGUCCGGAAUACGUUAAAUAUACCCCUGAACAUGAAUGGUUAGCUGUUUUCCCAGACACUUCUGCUUUUGUUGGUAUUACUGAUUACGCUUCUGAAGCUCUUGGGGAUGUUACUUAUGUUGAAUUACCAGAAGUUGGUGAUAAAGUUGAAGUUGGAGAUGUUAUUGGUUCCGUUGAAUCCGUCAAAUCAGCUUCUGAAAUUUACUCUCCAGUUGCCGGUGAAAUUGUUGCUGUUAACACCGAUUUAAACAGUAACCCAACCAUCCUUAACAUUGACCCAAUGGGUAAUGGUUGGAUUGCUCACAUUAAGCUUGAUGACCCUGAAGCUGUCAAAGAAAGCGCAGAAUUAAUGGGCAUCGAAGAAUACACUGCUUCCCUUGCUGAAGAAAGUUAAGUAGAAUCAUUAACAUUAAAUCCAUCAUAAUUAAAUAUUGAUCAUUUAUAGUUAUUUAUUCAAUUUACACAGAAAUUUUACGUUU